ACAUGCAAAUCAAAACUAUUGGUCAGCAGAAGUUAAUGUUUUUUGUUUUUUUAUGUGUAAUAAUUACAUUUAAGUAUGAAUUCAAGAAGUAGACGAUUAGUACAAAUGUGUCAAACUAGUUCCACAUCUGCAAAUUCAAGUAAAAACAGAGAAGAAUGUUCUAGUACUGGCUCAGAUUCGAUCACCGAUAUCAAUGAUUAUUCCUCAGAUGAGUAUGUACCAUUUAAAAAUAAAAUUGAUAGUUUUUCAUUUAACUCGGAGUCUGACAACUCAAUUGGUGUUGAAGUUGACGAAAUUGAUAAUAUUAACACAGAAAUACAAAGUGAUGCUUAUUCUGAAAAAUGUACUGUUAAUACUACUGAGCAAGAUAUUAACAGUUUUGAAACAAAUAAUGCUGUACUACAGAGUUGUUCUGCUGGUACUAAUAUAUCACAAAAGAAAAGGGGACGUAAAAAACAAGAGGGUCCUAAAACUAGAAAACGUUCAAGUAAUCCAAAAACAUGGGUAAGAAAUAUUGAAAAAUCCAAAAAAACAAAAGGUGAAGAAUAUAUUAAUACUACAAAAAUGUCUUCCCACGCCAAUGCUGUUAAAUGGUGUAUUAUUUUACAAAAGACAAUUGUGGGCCUUUAAUUUGACUCUUUAUAAAA